CCGCAACUACAAUUUUUACUAAAUCUGUUUGUUUUAGCUACAGGACUGGUCGAUUAUUGAAAUAGUAGCUUGUACGUUAUAAGAGGUCAAAAUGAGGCUUCUGCUAUGUGUAGCAGUGAUUGCUAUAGGUAUUGAAACAGCAUUUGCGCAAGGGGGAUGCGCCGGUAGCAGUUGUUUCCCCAGCACAGGUGAUUUAUUAGUUGGUCGUGGAGAUAUGUUGUCAUCUACAUCCACAUGCGGACAGGAAGGAAGAGAGCGAUACUGUAUUGUCAGCCAUUUAAAGGACGUCCGAAAAUGUUUUACGUGCGAUGCUUCGGUGCCCGCUCAAGCGCAUGAGGUCUCAAAUGUUAUCACCACCCAACUGGAUGAUCGCUUACUAACCUGGUGGCAGUCAGAAAGUGGUCAACAAAGAGUUUCAAUUCAGCUUGAUUUAGAAGCUGAGUUCCAAUUCACACACAUGAUAAUGACAUUCAAAACUUUCCGACCUGCUGCCAUGUUUAUUGAACGUUCAAUGGACUUUGGAAAAACAUGGGCUGUGUACAGAUAUUUCGCUUACGAUUGUGACAAAUCAUUUCCGGGAAUUCCAGAGUGGCCACCCCGUGAGAUCGACGACGUUAUAUGCGACAGUAGAUAUUCUCUAAUCGAGCCCUCAAAUGGCGGUGAAGUUAUUUACAGAGUUCUUGAGCCUUUUAUCACAAUUGACGACCCCUAUGUACCCAGGAUUCAAAAUCUGCUCAAAAUCACAAACUUACGUUUUAAUUUCACCGAGCUGCAUACACUUGGCGACGAUUUAUUGGAUUCUCGAAACGACAUAAAAAACAAAUACUACUACGCUCUCUAUGAACUCAUUGUACGCGGUAACUGCUUCUGUUACGGCCAUGCUGAUGAAUGCACGCCAAUCAAUGGAGCUCACAGAGACGCACACACUAAUAGUGUUAUGGACAAUGCGGCCGCUACAGAGUCUGUAGUGGCUCAAAACCAACGAAGAGUGCAUGGUCGUUGCCGAUGUCAACAUAAUACAGUCGGAUUAAACUGUGAACAGUGUCUGCCAUUUUAUCAAGACCAACCAUGGCGGCCCGCAGAGGCUGGCAUGCCACAUGAAUGCAAAGCUUGCAACUGCAACAACCACGCCACUGAAUGUCAUUUUGACCCUGCUGUAUAUGCUGCCACUGGCCAAGUUUCUGGGGGGGUGUGUGAAAACUGCCAACAUAACACCGUAGGCAGAAACUGCGAGCAGUGCGCAUCGUAUUAUUACCAAGAUGCAAGCAAAGACAUUCGAGACCCAACUGUUUGCGUUGCUUGCGACUGCGACGUUGCUGGCUCGCUUGACGAUGGAAUUUGCGACGGUCUCACGGACCCAGAUUUAGGCAUGAUAGCUGGCCAGUGUCGGUGUAAACAGUACGUACAAGGACAAAGAUGCGACCAGUGCAGAGAUGGCUAUUUUGGACUCGAUGCCAAUAACCCCAAUGGAUGUACAGCUUGCGAUUGCGAUUCUUUGGGCACUUUGUCGGGUGCUAACACAUGUGACAGCGAGACCGGUCAAUGUAUUUGCAAACGUUUUACAACUGGCAGGAGAUGUGAUAUGUGUGUCCCACAAACCUGGGGGAUGAGUGCGAUACCACAUGGGUGUAACGAAUGCGAUUGUGAUAUUGGUGGCGCAUAUGAUAACGAUUGUAAUCAAGCGUCUGGACAAUGCAAUUGUCGUCCUAACAUUAACCACAGAAGAUGCGAUUCGGUGAUUUCCGGAAAUUUUCUGCCAGGACUGGAUUAUUAUUUGUACGAAGCUGAAGAUGCAGAAAUUCAAAAAGGUGCAUUUGAAGACAAGCGAAAGCACGUUCCACCCCUCACAUGGACAGGUGACGGGUUCAUGCUCGUACAAGAAGAAGGGGUUAUUAUAUUCACCGUCAAUAACUUGCCGAAAUCAAUGGAUUACAAUCUAGUGCUUAGAUACCAAUCUACAAUGCCAAAUAUGUGGCAGUACGUAGACGUGACGAUAGACCGACCUAACAGAGGGAAUAUUCCAACUUCAAGUCCCUGUGGUAACACAAGACCUGAGGAUGAUGAAUGGAUGACGUCACUACCUGGACCACCAACCACACAUAGUAGUUUGGGUAUUAUAUGUUUGGAAAGUAAAUACACUUAUCGUAUUAUACUGGAUAUGAGAAGAUAUCAACGUGAACACGAUCCUAAUGGUCUUACACCGGAUAUUCUGAUUGACUCACUUCUUGUGGUUCCGGUCCAUAGCGGUUUAGACAUGUUCCAAGGUACCAUCGAAGGCCGACAGCGCACGCGACAGUUUACGGAGCUUGAAUGUGAAGAAAGUGAAAUGUACGUUCCUGACAGAACCCCCCAUGAAGAAUGUGCGGACCUUCUUUUCUCAAUGUCUGCUAUUAUACAUGACGGCGCUAAACCGUGUGACUGCAACCCCCAAGGCAGUACAAGUUCCAUUUGUGAAACAUGGGCAGGCCAGUGCCAAUGUAAACCAAAUGUAAUAGGACGCAAAUGCGACCGAUGCGCUCCCGGAACUUAUGGAUUUGGACCAACUGGGUGUAGAGAAUGCGAUUGCGACGCGCUUGGAUCUAGAAAUGAGUUUUGCGACAUCGCGCGCGGUCAAUGCGAGUGCCUUCCGGGCGUCUCGGGCCGCAGGUGCAACCAGUGCAUGCCUGGACACUACGACUACCCUAACUGCUACAGAUGUAACUGCAAUGGACAUACGGACUCCUGUGACCAGGAAACUGGGGAGUGUUUAGGAUGCAGAGAUAACACUAUGGGCGCACAUUGUGACUCCUGCAUAGAUGGUUACUACGGCAAUCCGUUAUUGGGAAGUCUAGACCAAUGUAAAGCGUGCAUGUGUCCCGAUGGCCCUGGAAGUGGUAGGCAGUAUUCUACAGGUUGUAGACAAGACCAAGUGUCUGGCCAAGUCGUUUGCUACUGUAUGCCUGGCUAUGCAGGUGCACGAUGCGACCAAUGCGCACCGGCCUACUGGGGCAACCCCCAAACAGUGAACGGGCUGUGCCGAAAGUGCGAAUGUAACAAUAAUAUUGACCCGUUUGACCCAACAGCAUGUGAUAGUGCCACAGGUGUCUGUACAAAUUGUUUGCAUAAUACAGCUGGUCCACAUUGUGAGCAGUGCAGGGAUUACUAUUACGGAAAUCCACUUGAUCAAAACUGCAUGGCUUGCCAGUGUAAUUUGUUGGGAACCGACAGUUCUGUGUGCGUGAACGGACAAUGUCAGUGUGAUGCAACAACAGGGCAAUGCCCAUGUUAUCCUAAUGUGUCUGGACAAAACUGCGACCAAUGUCUUCCUAACCAUUGGAAGUUGGCCAGUGGUACGGGCUGUGAAUCGUGCGGAUGUAGUCCGGAACAUUCUUUGGGAACAACUUGCAAUGAGAUAACUGGACAGUGUCUUUGCGUGGAUGGAUUUGGUGGUCGUACCUGUCACAACUGUGCAGAUGGUUAUUUUGGUAACCCAGACAUUGAAUGUUACGCUACUCCUUUUCCACUCUUCACUACUGUUGGUCCAACAACAACAACAACAACAACUGAGCCCAAGUUGUCAGAAACAGCAACAACAAAAUAUCCCAGUAUUUCAACAACAACAACAACUGAAAACUCCAACACUUUUACAACAACAACAAGUACUCAAAAGCCCGGCAUUUCAACAACAACAAUAUCAACAACAAAAAGCACCCAAAAUCCCAGUAUUUCAACAACAACAACAAAAUCAACAACAACCUCCCAAAAGCCUGGCAUUUCAACAUCAACAAAAACAAUAACAGCAACAACUGGCACCAAAUUUCAAGAAACAACAACAUUUUCCUUUGACACAACAACAACAAAAACAACAACACAAAAUGUUUCAACAGCUAGUGUAACUUUGGCUUGUGAGUGCAACAUCUUUGGGUCUGUAUCCACGCAAUGCAACACCAACACUGGACAAUGUGAGUGCAGAGACGGGGUCGGGGGUCGCAGGUGUGACCGCUGUUUAAGAGGAUUUACUGGGGAGGUCCCGAACUGUGAACCUUGCGGAGAAUGCUUUGAUAAUUGGGAUGUAAUAAUUUCUCAACUGAAAGAUCGAACGGACCGUGCUAUUUCACGUGCACGUGAGAUUGGUGAGACUGGUAUCACGGGAGCUUAUAAUGAAGAAUUUGAACUUAUCACAGAAUUAUUGAAAAAUAUUUCCGCAAAUGCACUGGAAAUGCCCAAACCCGAUUUCAUGGCAAUGGUUGAAACGAUACAAAACCGCCUAAAACUCCAAGAAGACAAACUGGUUGCGUUAGAACACGAUAUGACACGUAUUCGAAACGACGACACAAAAGUUAACGAAGACAUGAUUAGUUUAGACGAACAAGCAGUCGCUGUCAAUGCUAAACUUGAUAAUUUACGAGAUCAAAAGCAAAGUAUUAGUAAAGUUUCCCCAGUUGCCGCUUUUAAACAAGUUGAAGACGCAGCCGCGGCGUCUGAAGCUGCAGAGCGCGCAGCACAAGCCGCGACCACGGAGCCAGGGAAUUUGCUUGAACAAUCCCAACAAAUUCGAGACGCGGUUGAAGCCGAUCUCGACGACAAACAAUCGGAAUUUGAUUUCAAACUUAGUCAGGUGAACGAUGACAUCACAGCCAGACAAUCGGACGUCAAUGAUCUCACACUUUCGGAGCUUAAUAAAGACAUUUGCGGAGCUGCAACUGAAGGCUGUGAUGAAUCUUGCGGGGGCGCGGGGUGCGACACUUGUGGUGGUAUUGGGUGCACAGGUGCCGUGCAAUUCGCCAGCGACGCCAAAAACCGGGCUCAAAAAACUCAGGAAACUUUAACAAGGGUUGCCGAUGAAACUGGGGACCUUAGAAACAGAGUUCAGCUUGCAAAAACAAGCGCCCAGGAAGCGAAAAAUCAAGCACAAGAAGCCCACACGAUGGCGCAAGAGGUGGAGAGCGUUAUUCGACAACAAAAUUCUGAAGUUCGAAAACUAAUUCAAGAUAUUCGGGAAUUUUUAGAAGAAGAAAAAGCCGAUCCAAAUGACAUCAAAGACCUCGCGAAUCAAGUCCUCGCUCUGUCUCUUCCUGUUUCAAGAUCCGAGAUCGAUGCUCUUGCAGAGGAAAUCCGAGAUCUGGUUGAUCGACUUCCAAAUGUUGAUGAAAUUUUGGCCGAAACGGACGGAGAUCUCGAAAGAGCGAAUCAACUUCUUGCAGAUGCUAAUCAAGCAAAACAAGCAGCCACAGCAGUAGCAAGCGAUGCUAAAGCUGUCGUCACCGCUUUAUCGCAAGCAGAUAACGCUUCGAGAGCAGCAGAAGCCGCGAAAACACAAGCAGCCAAUGAUAUUCAACUUGCAGAAGAUAAAAUUAAUGAGAUAAAGUCCGCAAUAACAGAUUUGGAAGGCCAAAUGACUGGAAUUUCGAAUCGCAUCGGUGAAUUCACUGAACGACUGAAUGCAGUGGAACAUCAACUUACAGAAAACAAACUGAGCCUCGGCAGUGCUUUAGACGAAGCAACUGCUGCAAAUGCAACUGCUAAUAUGGCCCUGCAGAAUUUACAAGGUCAGUCCGCUUUAAUUAAUGAAGCAACAUCUGCAAUAAAUGAAAAGAAAGAUAAGACGGACAGACUUGCUGCUUUAAGGAGAAAAGCACAAGAACUCACAGAUACUGUGGCUCAAAACCAGCAGCAAUUUGAAAGCUUAAGUGACCAGUUGGACAGUUAUGACCGACAGUUAAAUAUGAAAAACGACCGCCUGGAUGCAUUAUUGGCAGAAGUAGAGCGUCUAUACUCUUCCAUUCAACUACAAGAGAAAUAUCUUCGCAACUGUUAAUAAGAAAACCAGAUCUGCCAUCUCAGUAUUAAAUAUUAAAUCACUUAUUGUCAAUUUUUACCCACACGUAAAACACAGUUUUUUUUAACUAAUUUUUUUUUAUGAAUUAUCAAAAAUGUAACAUUAAUUAACGUUUUUAAAUAAAAUAUAAAUGUAUUUUACUGAAUUCUAAUAAAAAUAUAAUUUUAAUUACAUUUUUUUAAGAUGUGUUUUUAAACUUUUAAAAAAAAUUUUCUGUAAUUUUUGAAAAAAAAAUGCGUUUUUUAAACUGCAGUUAUUUUUUUAAAUUUUAUUGCAUUUAUAGAAGCUAGAUUAAUAUUACAGCAUGAAUUCAAGUCAGCAUAACUUUAUAUGUGUUUGUAUAUAGAAGCAACUGCCGCCUGCAGUCGAUUUUAAAGUCGAACUGCAAGGUUGAACAAAAUUAAACGAACUGAAAAAACGCAAAAAAAUGUCCAACCUUAGCGUGCGUUUUUUUCAGUUCGUUUCGUUCGCCUUUGUCCUGUUUUAAGGCGUUUUAAAAAGUAACUGUUACCAUUUAACGCCAUGUAUGCCUGUUUUGUGUGACUUUAAAAACGAUCUGGUCCUAUUUCAAGUGAAAGUCUCGUAAUAAAUGUAAAAGGCGAACGAAAA